AUGGGUGACAAAAACAUGAAGCCCCCAGUGUGCCACAAUAACAUUUCUAUAAACAUGAAGAAGUUUUUAGCUCUCCUGGGGAGCCCGUCCCAGAGUUGGAAAAAUAAUCACGUGACCUGGGCUGUCCGCAGCAAUGAGGCCAACACGCUGUACGAUAUCCUGAUGGAAGAGCUGAUCCGACAAAAGGAAGCGUCCAUGCCAGGAAACCUGUCGGAGGAGGAAAAGAUGUUUCUCUUAUGUUUUCCCUUGCAGAAGUUUAAGCUGGAAAAGAGUAUCAGAGAACUUCACGCUAUUGCAGACCAAGUUGACGCGACCCAUAAGAUGCUCACCAAGACCAGCCUGGUGGCCAGCUCCUCAGGCACCAUCUCUGGAGUCAUGAGCCUCUUGGGUUUGGCCCUGGCCCCCGUGACAGUAGGGGGCAGUCUGAUGCUCUCAGAGGCUGGGCUGGGCCUGGGGGCAGCUGCUGCCACCAACAUGUUGACGAGUAUCUUAGAAAGUAGGAACAACUCGGCAGCCAGAGACAGAGCCAGCAGACUGGUGCCUAUGGAAACAACCAUGGUGUAUGAAGCUUUUGAAGAAAUAAGGUGGCCUGCAAUCCACGCUGCUUUGUCGCGUGUCUAUAGAGGUGUCAGUGUCAUCAGGAACGUUGAGGAGCUUCGGGCCCGCCAGAUGGCAGCCAACUCUGGCUUCAUGGCUAAGGUCAAUAACUUCACGGCCACAAACCGUGUCCCCUUCUGGAGGGCGGGACAGCUACAGACAGCUGUUGAAGGCUCUGCUCUGUCCAUGACCAAAGGUGUCCGGCCGCUGGGUGCUGCUGGGGCUGGCUUCCUACUUGUGCAAGACGUGAAAAGCCUGCUGCAGAGCUGGAAGCACCUGGAAGAGGGGGCAAGGGCAGAGACCGCCGAGGAACUGAGGACAGUCACCCUGCAGCUGGAGCAGGAGCUGAGCCAGCUCACCCAGCGCUACAGGCUGACCCUCCGGGGGCAGGGCUGGCGGGAGAGCCUGUCCCCAAAUCAGGAGGUAGGAAAGGGUACAAGAGGUGCGUAAGGCAGAUGUGGGCCCGGUCUUCCUGAAGUGUCCCACGAGGGGAAUGCUAAAGAGGUAGACGCAUAAAUAGAUACAGGAUCAUAACUGUCCUUUCUGCAGAGAGGAUGUUCCCCACACCCCUCUGUCAAAUGAGGUUCCUCCUCUUCUUUCCAGAAUCCCAUCUUUUUCUCUCAAAGCGCUGUCCACACACUUCUGAAAUUACAAAUUUUGCGUAGGUACUCCCCGUCUGUCUUCCUGCACGGUGUACCCCCUGGGAGGCCAGGGGUGUGCCCCCAGCAUCCGGCAGUGCCCCGCUCACUG